AUGGAUGGCUUAGUUAUCGGCAAGAGCGACGAAGUCAAGGGAUACCGUAUUUUGUUCACGAAGGACCGCGUGGUACGUACCUCUCAGCACGUCCAAAACAUACAGAUACUGAGCAAGAAAGCUAACUCGCGGCUCAUUCGCCAUGCAAGCGAGAAAGAUGAACUAAUUGAGAAGUCAGCUGGGCCAAAUAACAGAAUUGCUGAGUCGGGUAACAAGUCAUCACAUAUACAAUACAACCCGAUUAAGACCGGUAAUUUUCUAGCUGAGUCAAUGCACGAUGUCGACAUCGGGGAGGAGCCGGGAAUCGACUCCAGAAAGCCCAAGUCGCGUGGUAAGCGCGGUGUACAAGGGAAGCGGACGAAUGACAAGGCAACCGCUGAGACACCGCGCAUGACAACGCGUUACGGUGGGAAAAAGACUUCACCGAUCGGUGAAUUUUACCGCGUGGACCCAGCGAACUGGAAUUCGCUUAUGAGAAGUGACAGGCGCGUGGAAUGGGAGUGCGCUGCGCACGCUGAGAGUGACUCGCUGGAGGCAAACGAUACGUGGGAAUUGGUGUCGUGUACCAAGGAGAUGCACCAACUCCACACGAAGUGGGCCUUCAAGACGAAGACGGACGUGAAUAGGAUUAUCAAGCGCUUCAAGGCACGCAUGGUAGCGUGUGGUAACGAGCAAUUAUUCGGCAAAGAUCACACGCUGACAUUUGACGCUGUCACGGAUAUGACGACGGGCAAAAUCAUUCUGGCGCUGUCGCAGGUAUGUGGGGUAUUAGCGCGACACGGCGACGUGCCUAAUGCGUACUACAAAGCCUCGACUGAGCCUGGUCUCCAUAUCUACCAAUAUGUACCUUAG